AUGGACAAGAAUUUAAUGUGGAUGUUCAAAUGUAGUAAACAGAAAGUAGAAGUGCUAUAUAUUUUUGGAUUAACUUUACAAUGUGAACAUCUUUGUCGUUCAUUUGUGCUUGAUCCCUGGGAACUGACUUACCAAAAAUGCAGUGUUUUUACUAUAGAGGAACUGGAUGAAAUAAAAAGUUUUAACCUUAAGGAUCUGCCAUCUAUCAAUGCCAAGACUCACGACUAUUUAAACCUAUAUAAAGAGGCGAAGACUGCAGGAGAAGUACGCAAGGUCCUUACUUCAGAACAAAGUUGGGACAAUAAAUCUGGUCGAAAGGAACCUCAUGAUUUAAGUUAA